GGAUUAUUUUUACGUUUCGUUUCUGUCGUGUUAGUUUUUAUAAUUUCUGUUGACAAACUUUAGCUUGGUGAAUCACGGCAAGAAUUAAGACAUCGCCGUAGUUUAAACAAAUACUGAAGAUGGGAAAGCAGAUUGCAGGAGUUUAUGGAGAAAUACAAAUUAUCAGAUGAAACUGGUCUAGAAUUUUUACCUCAAGUACAUCGUUAAUGUGGAUUAUAAAUUGAAAAAUAAAGGGAAAUGUUAUAUAGAACUGAUACAAACCUGUUUACAUAAAUCUGUGAUGAAUCAACAUGUAGUGAAAUGUUCAUUUUGAACUAGGAUCAACAACAAUGUCUUUCUUCUUCAUUAUCUGGAAUAUUGUCAUAAUUUUGCAUUUUAAUUAAAACUGGACAUAUUUACAAAGAGAUACCAACACCUAAAGAUAUCGGCAAGCAUCACUUUUAAUGGAAAUGUAGUAUUUUAUAGUAAUAUUAUAUUAUUUUGUCAGGAAUAAGUUAUAAAAAUGCAAAUGAAAAAAAUAUCCAUAUAAUUAUAUUUGAUGAGAAAAGUAAAGUAGUAGAAAAAUGAAUUAUGUGAGAAACUUGGAAGAACUUUGAGGAUUGAUGAUUACCUGAAGAGAUUCCAGAAAGAGUUGGGAAAUCAUCAUUCCAUUGUGAUAUCUAUAAAAAUGUCUUUCUUGCUAGAAUCAAAUGUUAUUAAACACAAACAUAUUCAUACAGGAGAGAAGCCAUAUCAGUGUGAUAUUUGUAGUAAAUUAUUCUCUCAUAAAUGUGAAGUAAUUAGUCACAAACAUAUUCAUGCAGGAAAGAAAGUAUAUCAUUGUGAUAUCUGUGGUAAAUCGUUCCCUCAAAAGGGUAAACUAGCUACUCACAAGCGUAUUCACACAGGUGAGAAGCCAUAUCACUGUGACAUCUGUGGCAAAUCAUUCUCUCACAAUGGAUAUUUACCUACGCACAAGCUUGUUCAUACAGGAGAGAAACCACAUCAGUGUGUUAUCUGUGGUAAAUCCUUCUCUCUACGUAGCAACUUAACUGCUCACAAACGCAUCCAUACAGGAGAGGAACCAUAUCAGUGUGACAUCUGUGGUAAAUCAUUCUCUCAUAGAAGACCCUUCACUACACACAGACGUAUCCAUGCAGGUGACAGACCAUAUCUUUGUGAUUUAUGUGGUAAAUCAUUUAUUGAAAAUAGAAACUUAACUACACACAAACGUGUUCAUACAGGAGAGAAGCCAUAUCAAUGUGAUAUCUGUGGUAUAUCAUUCCCUGAUAAUGGUCAUGUAAAAAGGCACAAACGUAUUCAUACGGGAGAGAAGCCAUAUCAGUGUGAUAUCUGUGGUAAACCAUUCUCUGAACCUGGCCAUGUAACAAAACACAAACGUAUUCACACAGGAGAGAAGCCAUAUCAGUGUGAUGUUUGUGGUAAAUCUUUCUCUGAAAUUAGUCAUGUAAUAAGACACAAACGUAUUCAUACUGGAGAGAAGCCAUACAAGUGUGAUAUAUGUGGUAAAUCAUUCUCUCUAAACAGUAAUUUAACAAGGCACAAACAUAUUCACUCAAGAGAAACCAUAUCCUGAUUUAUGUGGUAAAUCAUUCUAUCGAAAGAGUGAUUUAAUUGCAUACAAAUAUGUUCAUACAGGAGAAAAGGCUUACCACGAUAUAUCUGUGGUAAGUCAUUCCCUUGAAAUUUUGAAGUGCCUAUACACAAAUGUAUCCAUACAGGAGAGAAUUCAUAUCAGUGACAUACAUUAUAAAUCAGUGUUUCUGAAUCAUUUUUUGACCCCUUUGAAUCCCUAGUUUACUCAGAUGGACCCUCGUAACCAUUCGAUGUUUAAAAAGAAUUCUGUUAUAUUUUUAUAAUUAAAUAUUAAGAAUUGUAUAAAAAAA